GCCCCGGUUUCGCCGCCACUUACUUUCAGCACAUGCACGAACCGUUUGAGCGCCACUCUGACGCCUUUUUGACAAGACCAGCUACUGUAAUCAGGUCUUCUAACCUAAGCUUCGAUGAUUUCGACGAAAUCCUGCCCGACAUGAUUUCAAGCAGUAUUUUGUCAAUCCAAAGGUCACAUCAUGUCAUCACGCCAGCAUGACAUGGCCUGAGCGCUGAGUUGCUUUCAUGAGGUUGACGUUGCGCUCACGUCAUGGAGUCCGCUUCUUACACAAAGUCUAGUCAUGCAGCAGAGGUAGAUCCGUGAACCAGCAGUCAAAUCGUCAAGUAGGGGGCAUUUGCGGAUGCAUGUCGCCAGUAAGCUCAUUGCUAGUGGGAACUGUGCUGAAGGUAGCAGGGAAAAGGCAGGGAGCUCAGCGAACGUUGGCGGCCUUCUCUAAUAGUAAAAAUGUCAAGAGAGAGAGAGGGGCCAUGGGUGACCAGAUGGUAGAGUUCUGCGCUUCCCUGCUGACGUCAGAUGACCCUCUGAAGAUCACGCGCGUGUCAGGUUGCUGGAAGAACUUCACGAAGGCCCGGAUGACAUCCGGGAAGGUCUCUGUUUCGCGCGGGUUGUGCAGGAGCUUGCUACAUUCAGGGGGGGCGUAGUCAUUCACCGCAUCUUGCGGCUGACGCUGUGGCAGUGUGCAAGCGAUCAAAUGAACCUGGGGUUCAAUCACUUCGUCAGCUCUACCGCAGCGCUUGCGAUCUUGACGGGAAGCAAGCUGGUGGUUGAGUCCUGCUUGAGAGUACAGGAAGGAUCAGACGAGAGGGUGAAUGCUCAGGAACUGUAUCAGCGUUUGAUGCAACAGGCUGACCAAACCCUUCUUUCAAUGAUGGAGAACGCUGGAGGAAUAGCAGAGGAAGGCUUCCAGCUUCUCGUGGCUGGAUCUCUGGAGUGUCUGGCCAAUUGCGUGCGAGGCUCCAAGGUCUUCCGGGACGCCAUGAGGGAAGCGAUGGAACAGCGGAACAUGUUUGAGCAGUUUGGGAAGUUUCUCAGCACCGAGUUCCUUUCAAGGACGGUGAGCGCCGAAGUGGCGUUGAUCAUCCGCCUCCAUUUGGCUGGUAUGGCGGUCUCUCUUGCAUUCUCAGCCGACAGCCGACUCUGGGCCAUAGACAGGGGCCUCCUCAAACUAGUUGCAGCAAUCUACGAAGCGUCCCCCUUGCGCGAGCAUCGCAAACUGUCCAAGCAAAGCGAGUCUCCUCUGUUCCGCUGCAACAAAGUCCUGCUCCGCUUGCUCACGGUGAAUUCCGCAGCGGAAAAGAUGCGCGCUCACAAUGCGCUCGAGGACUUGCGACCCCACAAGCGGAAGAUCAACAGCGCUGAACCGGAAACGGAGCCUUGGGCCUACUAUGAAAGGUUCUUGGAAGGCGGGGCGACACGACUCCUGAGACGCGAGCGUUCUGUAGAGGAGUGGAAGGACCAAGAAGAGAAGCUGAGCGGUGAUCGGUCGUCUGCUCCUGGAAGCUCUGCCGGGCCGGCCGCGAGCCCGCAGUCGGACAAGAGUUCGGCAAAUGCGCGCGCUGCCACGUGGCGCGCUACUGCAGCAAGGAGCACUAGAAGUUGCACUGGACGACCCACAAGAUUGAUUGCAAAGGCUUCGCCAGUCGAAGGGGCCCGGAAAGUUGCAAGGAAUAGUAGUCUGAUGUUUUAGCAAGAUAAGUCUGCAAUUGCGGGGAAUUGACUGGCGAUUUUAUGGUCGGAUGGGAACAAGCAGACUAGUUUUAGUUGGACAAACUGAGCAGCUCCCUCGAUCAAUGCGAGCAUGGAUCAGAAAGGGGAUGCACUUGCGAUGCCCGCAAGCAAAUGGUGAGGUGCACGGUACGCAUAGUGGCAAUGAUCAAGCAUAUUCAGUUAGUGCAAAAGACCGCUCAUUGUUUUCAUUCAGUACUCCAUCACAGCUCGGAAUUCGGGCCGCGCGGGGGCCACGCGAAACAAUCUCAAGCGGUCAGCAUUAAUCGGAAC